AUGAAGUUAAGUGUUUUUUCUCACUCAACAAUUCUUGUUUCCUUGCUUGGCUGCGUCUCUUGUGUUUGGUUGACACCAGACAAUUUAACCAAUUUGAAAGAAGUCACAGGUAUCGUUGCUGAUGGUUUACUCAAUUAUUACACAGGUCUUCAAUAUGGUAAACCUAUUGGUAUGUUUGCCAACCCAUACUAUUGGUGGGAAGCCGGUGGUGCAUGGGGAUCAAUGAUUGAUUUCUGGUACUUCAUGCAAAACGAUACAUAUUUAGAUAUCACAAAACAAGCUUUAUUGGCACAAACUGGUGAAAAUUGGAAUUAUAUCCCUUUAAAUCAAUCUACAACUGAAGGUAAUGAUGAUCAAGGGUUUUGGGGUAUUGCUGUUAUGGGUGCUGCUGAAAGAAACUUUCCAAACCCUGAUAGUGACCAACCACAAUGGUUAUAUCUAGCACAAGCUGUUUUCAAUACAAUGGCUGCCAGAUGGGAUGAUGGUCAUUGUCAAGGUGGUUUAAGAUGGCAAAUUUUUGAAUGGAAUUCUGGUUAUGAUUAUAAGAAUGCCGUUUCAAAUGGUUGUUUAUUCCAUAUAGCUGCUAGAUUGGCUAGAUAUACAGCAAAUGAUUCAUAUGUCGAAUGGGCUGAAAAAGUUCAUGAUUGGAUGGAAGGUGUUGGUUUGAUCACUGAAGGUGAUUGGUAUUUCAUUUAUGAUGGUGUUUCAAUCAAUGACAAUUGUUCUUCUGUCGUGAAGUUACAAUGGACUUAUAAUCAAGGUUUAAUGUUGGCAGGUUCAGCUUAUUUAUACAAUUACACAGAAGAUGAAAUUUGGUUAAAUAGAACCAAGAGAUAUCUAUCAAGUUCAAGUGUUUUCUUCAACAAUUCAGUCAUGUAUGAAGCUGCUUGUCAAAAUUCAAAGAAUUGUAACAAUGAUCAAAGAUCUUUCAAGGCAUUUUUCUCAAGAUUCCUUGGUUUAACUGCUCAGCUUGUCCCAUCAACUUAUGACCAUAUUUACAAACUUUUAGAAGCGUCAGCAAGAGCUGCUUCCAAUUCUUGUUCAGGUGGUUCAGAUGGUAAUACUUGUGGGUUAGAUUGGUCUCAUUCAGGGUGGGAUGGUUAUUACGGGUUAGGUGAACAAAUGGCUGCCUUAGAAGUUAUGCAAAACUUAAGAAUCCGUGACAGACCACCUCCAUAUACCAAUUACACUGGUGGUACUUCACAUGGUUCUGGUGCUGCUGGUACAGAAACAUCCAGUACAAACUUGAGUCCAUUGACAAUAGAUAAAGGUGAUAGGGCUGGUGCAGCAAUAAUAACGUGUAUUAUUGCAUUCUCGAUCAUCGGAAGUGCAACUUGGUUGUUAAUUUGA